AUGACGAUACUGAUCGUGCUGGCGUUUGUGAUCUGCGGCAUCCCAUAUUACUCCAUGUUCCUGAAACAUUCCUUCCAGAGAUUUUUCAUCCAGGAUCCGUAUUUUGAGCAAAAAGUGAACCUAACUAUCAAAAGGGAUGCUCUUGAGAAGACUGUACGAAUUUUAGUCCAGAAUUUUAGCGAUUUGCUGGUCGACUUGCAAGAAUUUGGCAACAAUUUUCGCGCUUGUUGUAGCGAAUUUUCGGAUGAUGAUGAUGUUGAAGAAGACGAUGAGGAAGAUGAAGACGAUGAAGAUCUAAACGAAAAACAAAAAAACAACAACAACAACAAUAAUAAUAAUAAAAAUAUUUCCUUUAUUACAAAUACUACUAAUGCUAAAACUACUUACAAUAACAACAACAAUAAUAACAACAAGUUAACGAAUGACAAUGACAUCAACUUCAACAACGACAACAACAACAACAAUGACGUCAUCAACAAAAGUGACGUCACUAAAAAAAACAUCGUCAACAACAGCAACAAUAAUAAUAACAUCAACAACAACUACAAAAAUAACGUUACAAACAAUCUACAAAGCUCAACUCUACUAAGCCAACUAGGUACAACAACGUCAAUACAACAACAACAACAUUAUCAACAACAACAAAUAGUUGAGACCAUUUUUAGAAUCUACGAAAGGCUUGUCAGCGUUCUAGAGCGAAAAGAACUGCAUGAUGUCGAGAUGAAACUGCUAGAAGGGGAAAUGAUUGAACUUAAAAGACAAAUGAAAAACGUGAAUAACAACAACAACAAAAUCAACAACAACAAAAUCAACAACAACAACAAAAUCAACAAAAAUACCAAUAACAACAGUAACACCAACCGAAACCACAACAUUAAAAACGACAUCAAUAAUAAUAACAACAACAACAACAGCAACAACAGCAACAGCAACAAAACCGAUAAAAAUACCGAAACCGAUGACGGCAACAACGAUUCGAUUACCGACUGGUUUACGAUAUUCGGUCUCUCGAACUCGGUGAUGAACCCGAUUAUAUACGGCGCGAUGAUCGCUUGUAAGAAGAGAGAGAGUGAGAGUAAGAAGAGGAGGGUGAAGAUUCUAAUGGCGCGAUAA